AUGGACGAGGAAGAAGCGCACCGUGCGAGCGUCGAGGAGCGCGCCGAGGAGCGCGCCGAGGAGCACGAGGGCGAAGAACCCCGGCGCAUUCUUUACGAGAUUCCACAGGAAAUGGCACACGAGGCGGAGGAGGAGCGCGCGGUCGAAGCCGUCGCCGACGAAAAACCGGUGCAAGAAGCUCCGGAUGCCGGCGCGCCGCCGCCGCCGCCGCCGUCGGUGGAGCAGGGCGACAAGCUGCGGAUCGAUGCGCUGCACCUUGAGGGUGAAGCGAUCAGCCAGCUAUCCACGUCACGCCUAAUGGCUUACGUCGCGCAUACUGGUUCGCGCGCCAAAGGCAUUGAAUGGAUCAACGACAUGCGCUGUGUACUUGUGUUUGACACCUACGGCGACGCCCUCGAGGGCUUGCAGCGGAUAGAGCUGCAGAUGGACGAUACCGAGAUGAGCGACGGUCCUCCCGCUCCGGCGCCGUCCGAGCUUGCCACGCCCGAAGCCGUCGAGAGCCUCUCGAGCGAGACGCUGCAGCCGCUACUGCGUCCUCGCCUUGCGAUGGCCUUCCCCAGCGCAUUGUACAAUCCGAUUGAAAAACAGUCGCUGGAAGAGCUGCCAGAUGUCCAGGCAAAGCUCGAGGAAGCCCGCGCGCGUCUGGACAACAGCACCGAGCCGAUCCCCGAAAUCUACAAAGACAUGGAGCUCGAGGAAUUGGAAAAGAAGACGCUUACGCGCGACCUUCGCCGAGUGAAGCAGCUGCGCCAGAGCCUGUGGAUCCGGUUUGCACUGAUGCACCACGAUACCAAAGCGCCGCGCUCGGCGCAGCGCAGCAACUGGUACCGCCAGCACGGACGCAGUGCGGGCAAGGACAUUGUUCCUCGUCUGCUGCAAGUGGGCGAGCAUGCGAGCUCGCGGCGGCGCCGCGGCGGCCGUGACGAGCUAUUCUCUACGGAGCGUCGAUACGACGACCACGAUCCCUACGCCAACCCUCGUUCGGAGCAGCGGCGCGGCCACGACUGGGACGAGGACUAUACGCCUCGCUCGCUGCUCGACCGCAUCGGCGGCGACCGCGACGACUCUGCGCGCCGCCCGCGCAGCCGCUCGGCAUCUCCUGAGCGCGGCGACGACGUGCGCAUCCGCGGCCGCGGCUCUGUCCGUGCGCCCCGCGCGCGGAUGAACGGCUGGGACGACUAG